CUUGUUCAGAAAUUGCCGUACUGCAAUGAAGAAAAGGAGAAAGGUUACUUCACAUCUUGACGAGAAGAUCCAUCUAGGUUAUCAUAAAGACUCACCGGAAGAAAAUGCUGCAGUGGAGUAUGGCCAAGUGACCUAUACCCAGUCUUCAGAAAGACCAACCCCUGAAGCUCUUCAGUGUUGCCAAGAACUUCCUCCCUCUCCAGAUCAGAGAAAGCUUUUGAGUUCUUUGCAGUAUAAUAAGAAUUUGCUGAAGUAUUUGAAUGAUGAUAGACAGAAGCAGCCGUCUUUCUGUGAUUUACUGAUCAUAGUAGAAGGAAAAGAAUUUAGUGCGCAUAAAGUAGUAGUUGCUGUUGGUAGUAGUUAUUUUCAUGCGUGUUUGAGCAAAAAUCCAAGCACCGAUGUCGUUACCCUGGAUCAUGUAACACAUUCAGUUUUUCAGCACUUGCUUGAGUUUCUCUAUACAUCAGAGUUUUUUGUGUACAAAUACGAAAUACCUCUUGUUUUAGAGGCUGCAAAAUUUUUGGACAUUAUAGACGCAGUCAAGCUGCUGAAUAAUGAAAACGUCGCCACGUUCCAGGCAGAGCUAACUGAAAAGUCAUCACCAGAAGAAACACUAAAUGAAUUAACUGGAAGACUAUCAAAUAAUCAUCAGUGCAAAUUUUGUAGUAGGCAUUUCUGCUAUAAAAAGUCCUUAGAGAAUCAUUUAGCUAAAACUCACAGGUCCCUGCUACUGGGGAAAAAACAUGGGUUAAAAAUGCUGGAGCGAAGUUUUUCUACCCGGAGGUCAAAGAGGAAUCGGAAGUGUCCUGUUAAGUUUGAGGACACCAGUGAUGACGAACAGGAAAGUGGGGAUGGGUCAGACAAUUUGCAUCAAGAAAGUUUUGAUAAGGAGAGGUCUGAUCGAAAUGAUUCUGAGGAUCCUGGAAGUGAAUAUAAUGCAGAAGACGAAGAGCUGGAGGAGGAAGUGUCAGAUGAAGAGUCUGACACUGAGCAGAGUGACAAAGAUAAUGAUGCAGAAGAGGAACCUGAGGCUGGCGACUCUGCAGGAAGCAUCCAUGAAGGGCUAGCUCCCGUAAUCAUUCAGAACAGCAAUAAGAAAAUCCUGCAGUGUCCCAAAUGUGAUAAGACAUUUGACCGGAUAGGGAAGUAUGAGAGCCACACCCGUGUACACACAGGUGAGAAGCCUUUUGAGUGUGAUAUUUGUCACCAGCGUUAUUCGACAAAGUCUAACUUAACUGUUCACAGAAAGAAGCACAGUAACGAAGUAGAGUUUCAUAAGAAGGAGCACAAGUGCCCUUACUGUAAUAAGCUGCACGCAAGCAAGAAGACACUUGCCAAGCACGUCAAGAGAUUUCAUCCUGAAAAUGCACAAGAAUUUAUUUCCAUCAAGAAGACUAAGAGUGAAAGUUGGAAAUGUGAUAUUUGUAAGAAAUCUUUUACUCGAAGACCACACUUGGAAGAACACAUGAUUCUGCAUUCACAAGAUAAACCUUUUAAAUGUACCUAUUGUGAAGAACAUUUCAAAUCCCGGUUUGCAAGGUUAAAGCACCAAGAGAAGUUCCAUCUAGGACCCUUUCCAUGUGAUAUAUGUGGUCGUCAAUUCAAUGACACUGGAAAUUUGAAACGCCAUAUAGAAUGUACUCAUGGUGGAAAGAGAAAAUGGACUUGCUUUAUUUGUGGGAAGUCAGUACGAGAAAGAACUACUUUGAAAGAACAUUUGAGAAUACAUAGUGGAGAAAAGCCUCAUCUUUGUAGUAUCUGUGGGCAAAGUUUUCGUCAUGGAAGCUCAUACAGGCUUCACUUACGAGUGCAUCAUGAUGAUAAAAGAUACGAGUGUGAUGAAUGUGGGAAAACAUUUAUUCGCCAUGACCACCUUACAAAGCACAAAAAAAUACAUUCAGGUGAGAAGGCUCAUCAGUGUGAAGAGUGUGGAAAGUGCUUCGGUCGCAGGGAUCACCUCACUGUUCAUUACAAGAGUGUGCAUCUGGGAGAGAAGGUGUGGCAGAAAUAUAAAGCAACGUUUCAUCAAUGUGAUGUUUGUAAGAAGAUUUUUAAGGGAAAAUCAAGUCUGGAGAUGCAUUUUCGGACACAUUCAGGUGAAAAACCAUACAAGUGUCAAAUUUGCAAUCAGUCGUUUAGAAUUAAGAAAACUUUAACAAAACACCUGGUUAUUCACUCUGAUGCCCGGCCUUUCAAUUGUCAACACUGUAAUGCAACAUUUAAGCGGAAAGACAAGCUGAAGUACCACAUUGACCAUGUUCAUGGGAUAAAAUCUCCUGAUGAUUCUCUCAGUACUUCUGAGGAAAAACUCAUUUCUUUACCAAUAGAGUACUCAUCUGAUGAUAAGAUCUUUCAAGCAGAAACAAAACAGUAUCUGGACCAGCCCAAAGUUUAUCAGUCAGAAGCCAAGACUAUGCUACAGAAUGUGUCUGCGGAAGUAUGUGUUCCAGUAACAUUGGUCCCAGUUCAGAUGCCUGACACAUCCAGCGACCUGGUGCCUCAUUCCACCACACUUCCCACAGCGUCCCAUGAAAUGCUGCCACCACAGCCACAGCCAACUGAUUAUCCUCGCGCAGCAGACUUAGCAUUUCUCGAAAAAUACACUCUGACUCCUCAGCCUGCAAAUAUAGUUCACCCAGUCCGACCUGAACAGAUGCUAGAUCCUAGAGAACCAUCUUAUCUUGGGACACUACUAGGCCUUGAUAGCACAACUGCUGUUCAGAAUAUGUCCAGUAGUGAGCAUCACUCAUGAGUCAACAUUCCAUAGACCUUUUGAUGCCUGUAAGCUGACAGCCAGAAGCUACUGGCUUUUGAAUUAAUAGGGCUGCUAUUCUUUUCCCCCAUUUUUUUUUUUUUUAAUUUUUCAAGUCUUCACAACAGCAAAUCAAGAAAAGUUUAUUUCUAUUGACUGAAUACUUGGACAUAUUUUGACAUAAUAUUUGAAGUAUGAUUUUUUUUUAAAAGAUCAUUUAGUACUAAUUUUGAAAUUUUUAAAUUUCAGAUUAUUAGCUGCUGACAAUGGUGGAGGUAAUUUUUUAAAUCAUCAGUGGAAUUUUUUUCUGUUUCUUUC